CAACAAGACAACCACAGACACAUAACAAGCAAGAUGAAGGUAUCACUAGCAAAUCUGCUUUGCAUCACUGUCUUGGCUAGCUCUGGGACAAGCUUCCCAAUGGAGAGGAGAGGGGCUGCCACUGGUAAAGAGAAGAGAGUUCAGUAUGCAGCAUGGGAUGAUGUCAACGUGCUUGCACAUGGAUUGCUGCAGCUCGGCCAGGGUCUUAAGGAGCAUGUUGACAAGACCAAAGGCCAGAUGAGAGACAUCAUCAUCAAGAUGAAGGUCUUCAACGUCACCGUAUCCGAGCUUGGCAAGCUGACUCAGCGGCUGCAUGAAGACAGUGAAGCUCUGAAAGCCAAAGCCCAAAACCUAGAAGAACGUGAAUUUUUGGUCCUAAACAUGUCCAAGGAUCUGCAGGAGCAGACAGAAGAACUGCUCAGAGACAGACAGAAGGACCAUGAGAGAAUGAAUAAGCUGGAAGAAAAAGUAGAUGGCACGAUGCAAGGAGAGGGUCAGGAAACUGGAAACGGCAGCCACAGCAAUGCACGGAACAUUCAGUGGAUGUUGGAGGCGCAAAAUAAGCGCAUUGAUGACCUGGUUGAACGCAUCAAGCAACAGCAAGAAAAACUGGACAAGCAAAAUAUUCGCAUUCGAACCCUCCAAAACCAGAUUCAGAUGAAAAGUGAACGAUCUUCUCUGAAACGGAUGGAGGAUGAAAUCCAUCUGAACACGAGCUCUGAACAGCGAGACUCACCUGUUGCAGUGGCCUCUGACUGUCAUGAGUUGUUUCUAAGGGGUGAGACCUCAAGCGGGCUUUACGCCAUCCAGCCAUCUGACUCGCAGCCGUUUGAGGUCUUCUGUGAAAUGACACCCGAGGGUGGAUGGACAGUCAUCCAGAGACGCCACGAUGGAUCUGUAGACUUUGACCAACUAUGGCAGGCCUAUGAGAGUGGCUUUGGAAGCUUGAAUGGUGAGUUCUGGCUUGGUUUAGAGAAGAUCCACUCUGUGUCUAAAGGUGGCAACUACAUCCUCAAGGUUCAGUUUUCUGACUGGAGGGAUGAGAGUCAGACCAUGACGUACCCAUUCCAUCUGAAAGGUGAGAAGAGUAACUAUUCUCUGCACAUUCUGGAGAGGCAAGCCGGGAACCUGGAGAGCUCUCUCUCCACUGAAGCAUCCGGAGUUCCCUUCUCCACCCGCGACAAAGACAACGACCAGAAGAAUGACCUCAACUGUGCCAAACAACUGUCAGGUGGUUGGUGGUUUAGCAACUGUGGUCGCUCUAACCUGAACGGCAGGUAUUUUGUAACCCCUGCACCAAAGCAAAGGCACCAGAGAAAACAAGGAGUGUUCUGGAAGACUUGGCGUGGUCGUUACUACCCACUGAAAACUACCACCAUGAUGAUUGCGCCCGCUGAUAUUGAGAACAAGUCAUAGGUUCAUCUCUGAACCAAUCACUCAAGAGACCUUAACCAAUGAUAUUGAAUGGAACCUGCCAUUCAUAACCAGCCAAAAUAACUGACUGGUGCUGAAAAGUACUAAAGCUCUAUUAGGAGUGUCUUCCAAUCUUCAGAUUGUUAGUUAGACCGUUGAAGUCUGAAGUAUGAACAUCUAUGAAGAUGUGAGAUGGGUGGACACUAAAAUCACAGUCUGAGCAAGAAUUUGUUCUGUUAUCUAAUGAGAUUGGGAAUAACUAAAUGUGCCUGCAGCUCUGCAAGAAGCAGCAUGUAUUAUAAAUUGCAGGCCACUGUGAGGAUCUGCAUCAUGUUUAGACAUUUCUGGUUGGGAGGCGCUAAAAAGAGCUGAUGGUUUAUCACCAUUGCGAGCACUACCAACAGCUAAAAGAGCUUGAGGGGAAAAUUAGACUCACAAAAAGAACCUCUUGCCUCUAAAAUGUGGACCAUAUAAGCUAAAAGCCAGUUCUUUUGAAAAUACUUAUAGUAAAGGCACUGUGUAUCUUAAGGCAUCAUCCACAGACAAAGACAUGAAUUAGUAGAUCUGCAGAACUUUGAAUGAUUUUUUGCCUGUGGGUCAUUUCAAGUAUACAAAUUUGCCAGCUAUUUUCUGGAACACAUGCUAUCUUUCAAAAGCUUAAAUUAUCUGAGACUACUUGAGAAAUCUAAAGAGGAUUUCCUGUGGAGUUAUUUUUUCAGUCACAUUGACUGCCUUUAAAUGUCUAUAGUUGUCACUUCUCUGUAAAUAACUGAAAUAUACAUUUAGCAUUACAGCUGUUUUCUUGCCAACAUUGAAAGGUCAUGCUUUGAUUCCCAUAUUAUUUAAAUGUUGUACAAAUCAUUGUUUUUCUUUUGCUUAUAAUUUAUGUUUCUCAAAAAAGUUAUACAUUUUUUUUAUUGUUUUUAUAAAAAAUGUGGCCUCAAUGAAGAGGACAAUAAAUAUUGAUUUUAUAAAAAAAAUAAAAAUUGUCAUUAAAGUUCACAUCUUGCAGCAAAUAUU